AUGGAAAGACCAAAAUUUUUAGACCAGGACCCUCCACCAGGGUACAUAGCAGGCAUUGGAAGAGGUGCUACAGGUUUUACUACAAGAUCAGAUUUAGGUUCCUCUGCAUUGUCACAGACACCUAAUAGAUAUCUGGAAAAUAAAUCCCUUAGCACGGACAAUAUAACUGAAGAUGUUUAUGAGGCAGAAAAGAUUUUUUCCAAUAUAGACGAUGAAUUAUCUACAAGGAAUAAACAGAGAAAGAAUCGGAAUCAACCAAACAUUAAAAGCACUACUACUAAAUUUAUUGAUUUAAAACAGCAAUUGACUGCCGUUUCAAAGGAUGAAUGGCUCAAUUUACCUGAGGCAACGGAUAUGACCAGAAGAAAUAAAAGAUUAAAAUUGGAAAAUCAACAACAGCGAAACAUUGCAAUGUAUAAUCCGUCAAUUCUCUCAACAACAAAUUUAGAACAAUUGGCUAACGACAGGGAAAAGUUAUUGGAGCAACACAUAGAUUCAAAGUUUGGCACCAUUCUUGAAAACAAUGAUUAUCAAGAGUUAUUAAAAAAUUUAAACACCAAUUCAAAUAGAAUAGAUACCUAUGAUGUAGAAAAAUCUAGGAAAGUUUUACAAUCCUAUAUCAGAUCGGAUCCCAAGAAUCCAAACGGUUGGAUUGCGUUGGCCAGGCUAGAGGAAAAAUGUUUAAACUUUAAGAUGGCUAAAAAAAUCAUUCACCAAGGGUGCAACGAAGUUGUAUAUGAUGAAGAUAUUUGGUUGGAGAACAUUAGAUUAAAUAGAAUUGAUGAUGCUCCAUUAUUAUUAAAAUGUAAAACACUCGUAGCCCAGGCUUUGAAAUUUAAUGGAGCUAAAAGUGAGAAGCUUUGGAUAAAAGCCAUCGAAUUGGAACAAAAUGCUGGUAAUAAAAAUCAAAACACAAUAACACAGAUUAUUCACAAGGCUCUACAAAUUAAUCCAUAUUCAGAGGAAUUGUGGAAACAAGCUGUAAAAUAUGAGGAAUCUAAAGAAGAAGCUAUAAAAGUUUUGGCUAAAGCCAUUGAAUUUGUCCCGAAAAGUGUUGAUUUAUGGACGGGAUAUAUUAAAUUACAAGACUUUGGUCCACAACAAAGAAAAACUUUGGCCAACGCUGUUAAAGAGCUUCCUUCUUCCAAAGAGAUGUGGGCGCUGGGUUGCCAGUUGGAGGAAAGGGCGGAAAAGCCUUUGGAAAAAAAAGAGGAAAGUGUCAAGUGUAAAAUAAUACAAAUUUUAAAAAGGUUUAAAACUCCUCAUAAUAAUGAUGUGGGUUAUUGUGAAAGUUGGUUAAAACAGGCUGAAAAGUGUGACUUAGAAAAAUAUCCAAUAACAGCCCAAUGUAUAAUAGAAUGUUUUAUUCCCAACAAUUUUCUUAAAGAGUUAUUGCCAAAGAUUAACUCGGUCGAAUUGAAAAAUUUUGCCUUUCAGUACCUAUUAUUGAAACAAGAACAUUUGAAUGAUCCAGUUAUAUGGGAUGCAUAUAUUGUUUUCUGUGAAUCUGGGAAUGAUAACACCAGUAAACUUGCCUACUUUUUCCAGUUUUGUGAGCUCACAAUUAAUGACAUGGACGAUGAUAUCUCAAAGAAAUCGUUGAAGAUAUUAACAAAGUAUAACAAACAAGAUGAAACAUUAAGGAUUAUCGAUAAAAAAUUACUCAACACUUCAGAAUAUACAUUAAGAAAUGAGCUUCAGAUAAUGAAAAUUGGUAUUUUAAUAAGCUUAAAGAAAUAUUCUGAAUGCAAAAGGAUCUUUGAACAAAUGAUAGCAGCCGAAACAACGGCUACAAUUUUCCUAAAAUAUAUAGACUUUUUAAUAUAUCUCAAUAAUUAUGAAAAAGCUUUGAUAAUAUGCCAAUUAGCAAUGGAGAAACACCCAGAUGAAGAAGAAUUUGUUAUAAAAAUGGGUACAAUAUACGAAUUUAUGUCCGAAAUAGACAAAGCCAAACAAUGUUAUAUCAAUGCAGUCUCAAGCAAUUUUUCACAUUCAAUAAGUCUAUGGAUUUUGUCAGCGAAACAUGAAGCAAAUAUAAAUAAAGCAAGGUUAUUAUAUGAUAAGGGCAUUUUGAAAAAUACUAAAAAUAGUGGAUUGCUCAUGUUGGAAAAAGCGAAAAGAGAAUUUGAAAAUGGUAAUCUGAGUGAAUACAGAAUAUUGCUUAAUACUGCGUUGAAAAGUUAUUCACACAUGCCUGAGAUAUGGUGCCAAUUAUUGAGAACUACAAAAAAGAAAAAUGAAAAAAGAAAUUUAUUUCAACAAGCACUCAAAGUUACAAAUACAAAUGCCUUGAUUUUAUUAGAAGUUGCCAUUAAUUUUUGGAAUGAGCAACAAUUUGAAAAGGCUUAUAAGUGGGCUGAUCAAAGUUGUAAAGCCAAUAAGAAAUUAGGUGAUUCUUGGAUAUGGCUAUAUAAAUGUAGUGUCAAGUUGGGUAGGAAGAAUACUGAAUGGAUUAAAGAAAAAGUUAAUGAGAUAGAACCCGAUAGUGGUGAAAUGUGGAACAGUCGACGCUAUAAAUUUUUGUACAGCUUACCAAGUGAAAAGCUAGUCAGUUUGGCUUAA